UCAGGAGCCACAGGAACAAAGGAAGGAGAGACGAACUCAAUGGAGUCGACAGCAGGAAGCAGAAACAUGCUGUGCACAUGAUACUGUGAGGCUGAGACUCAUUUAUCAGAAACCAGGCACUAGUUAGGUUCAUAGAUGUUUUAUAGUCAUUUGAAUGUAUAAGGCGGCAACCAGAGACUAAAUAAAAGGACACCAUUAAUAUAACCCCAGAAUCUGGGAAAACGUUUUAGGAAACAGCUCACGGUGUCAUAUUUGAAGACAGGAAUGCAACAUAUAGAAAAUGCAUGACUUUUUCCAUUAUGGAUGUAAUUUAAAUGAAAGGGGAUGUUUUUACAGAGAAACACUGUUGUUUAUUCAGUAUAUUUAUUUAUCUGCCUUUAAUGAACACUGCUUCCCAUAAGACCUAGACUUUUGCAAGGUAAAUUGUUACUGUUUCACAACAGAGGCGAGUGCAUGAGUGGGUUGAGGGGCCAAGGUGAGUCCAGACAUGUCUGUAACAGCAGCAGGACAGAGAGGAUGACGACGAUGACUAUAAAGAGAUGUGAUGUGACUACAGAGUAUGAGCAGAAAUUACCAAACGAGAAAUGUCUCAGACUGGAGGAUUUGUUCCUGUAGGAGGGCGGGGAGCUUUUUCCAUGUCUGUGAUCAGGGGCCCAUUGUGUCAGAAUGUGUCCAUGGCUGUCGGCUACUUGGAGUUAACAAAGCAGCAAUAUUAUUUUAUAACAACAUAUUAAUCGUGCACAGUUUGUUAGAAUUGGGGUUUUAAAUACAAGUCCUGACACACGUUACAAAUGUGCCUCCCUCCUCUGAAACUCUGCCAGUCAGAAGUCUCUACACCCACCCUGACGCUGCGACUACAUCAUCAAAACAUUGUUCAAGAUAAUACAUCAGCUCUGAUCUUCAUCUGACUUUCCCACGUUUUGAGGAUUAUUUUUGCCUCUUCAGUCUGAUCCCGGUGACACUCGAGCCGCUCGAUACCUGCAGCUGAACAACAGCCACCUGUACCCUCUGGGACCCCACCCAGUCCUCUGCUGCCUCGCUCGCUCCACCCACCCAGCCCCAAGAACAGUGCUCAUCAGAUUUCAUGUCCCUGUGUGAACAUCAUCACUCUGCAGACAAUACUGAGGCAGAGACGUCACUGGAAUCGACUCACCUGGAAACACCUGAGCUCAGCAGCAGAAUUUUUAGAAUAUUACAAUGGGCUGCUUCACAUUUGUCAGAUUGAUGAUGGUCUUGUUCAACUUGCUUAUCUUUGUGGCCGGGCUGGCCCUGCUGUCCGUGGGGAUCUGGGUGAGUGUGAACGCGGCCUCCUUCCUGCAGCUGCUGGGGCCAUUCUCCACCCAGGGCACAUAUUUUGUCAAUGUGGCCUUUUUCUGCAUCGCCAUCGGGGUUCUGCUGAUGCUACUGGGGUUCCUGGGCUGCUGGGGGGCCCACAAACAGAGCAAAUGUCUGCUGCUCACGUUCUUUUCUGCCAUCCUCAUCAUCUUCAUCGCUGAACUGGCAGCAGGAGUCGUGGCUCUUGCCUACUCUUCAUUUGCUGAGGGGAUUCUGAAAAGGUGGGCGACCCCGGUGUUACGGGAAGAGUACGGCACUGAUCCUGUGGCCACUAAGAUCUGGAACAACACCAUGACACAGCUGAGAUGCUGCGGCUUCACCAACUACACAGACUUUGUCGGCUCAAAUUUUGAAAAGAUGACCGGAGGGUACCUGCCGUCCAGCUGCUGCUGGAGCAACAGCACCUCCUGCAGCCAGGACGAGGCAGAGGCCAGCGCUGUGCAGGGCUGUUUUCCACACCUCCUGGAGACGCUCAAAAAGCAUGCCAACAUCGUGGGAGGCGUCGCCGCAGGAACUGGACUACUGGAGAUUGCUGCCAUGAUUGUGUCCAUGUACCUGUACUGCCACCUGGACAACAGUGUCAGCUGAGACUCCUUCGGACUUGAAAACAUGAC